AAGUGACGCAAGAGUGCUUCCCCAGAAUUACAUGCCUUUCUUCUACGACUACCGGUCGGCCGAUAGAAAUGUGUAUGAAGUGGAUGAGAGUGGGGAUUGGUGGGGUGACAUAGAGGAUAACCAGGUCACGGUGAAGGAAGAGACGGACGAAGCUGGAACAUCAAAUUUGAACUUUAGUGAAGAUGAGAUUCGUUCACCAGCUGGAGGGCGGAAGGAGCGCACAGCAUUCACGAAAGCGCAGAUCAAGAGUCUAGAAGCUGAGUUCGCGCGCGCCAACUACUUGACACGGCUCAGGAGAUAUGAAAUCGCUGUAGCUUUGCAUCUCACGGAAAGACAAAAGGUAAAGGUGUGGUUCCAGAACAGAAGAAUGAAAUGGAAGCGAACCAAAGGCGCCUCUAAACAUAACAAGAGGAAAGAAAAUUGUACUAUGGAGUAA